GUUGUGCUUUAAAGCCGUGCGUCGAUGCUAUUUCUUAAGCACAUGCGUUGCAAAUUGGCAAGCUAAAAUAUAUUUUCAAUUUCAUUUGUUCGCCUUCAUUGCCAACAAGUGUUCCAGAUUCUCUUCUCUUGGGCUAUAAUUUAAAUAGUGUUUGAGUGCAUUAUACAUUUGAAUUGUGCUCGUUCCUUGACCAAGUUGUACUACAUCAUUCGACUUUUGAUUUCUUUGGCGAUCAGUUGUGAUAAGAUUUUUCUCAGAAACAUUAAAAUUCAAGUAAAUCAAAUAAUAGUAAUAGAAUACUAUAAAUUCUGCAUUGAAAAAUUCUAUCGGAAAAAUAUAUCUAGUGGACGCAGUGGAGCUGCAAAAGGAGAAAACUAUUGAAUUUUUACAAUUCGUUACUUUUGUAAUAGUUUUCAUAGUAAUAUCGUUAUAUUUAUACCGAUUUGCUUUUUAAAUUAAAACUUAAGACAGAAUGGCUAAAGUUCCGGCUGUUGGCAUUGAUCUUGGAACGACGUAUUCAUGUGUUGGGGUCUUUCAACAUGGCAAGGUCGAAAUAAUUGCCAAUGAUCAGGGUAACAGGGUCACCCCGUCAUAUGUGGCGUUCACUGACACAGAACGUCUAAUUGGAGACGCUGCCAAAAACCAAGUAGCAAUGAAUCCAAACAAUACAAUCUUUGAUGCCAAGCGUUUGAUUGGGCGCAAAUUUGAUGAUACAACGGUACAAAGCGAUAUGAAACAUUGGCCAUUUGAGGUUAUAAACAGUGAUGGCAAACCAAAACUCCAAGUUGAGUAUAAAGGGGAGAAAAAGUCAUUCUUCCCUGAAGAAGUUUCCUCAAUGGUCUUGACAAAAAUGAGAGAAACUGCAGAAGCUUAUAUGGGCAAAACUGUCAAAGAUGCUGUGAUAACUGUACCAGCGUAUUUCAAUGAUUCACAGCGUCAGGCUACAAAAGAUGCUGGCGCAAUAGCUGGCCUCAAUGUCCUAAGGAUAAUAAAUGAGCCAACGGCUGCAGCUAUUGCUUAUGGUUUAGACAAAAAAGGUGACAUCGAGCGAAAUGUCUUGAUUUUUGAUCUUGGCGGUGGAACAUUUGACGUUAGCAUUCUUACCAUUCAAGAUGGUAUAUUCGAAGUUAAGUCUACUGCUGGUGAUACGCACUUGGGUGGUGAGGACUUUGAUAAUAGAAUGGUCAAUCAUUUUGUGCAAGAAUUUCAGCGAAAGCAUAAAAAAGACUUGACAGCAAAUAAACGCGCAUUGCGACGCUUGCGAACUGCUUGCGAAAGAGCCAAGCGAACAUUAUCAGCAUCUUCUCAAGCAAGCAUAGAAAUCGAUUCACUGUGCGAUGGCAUUGAUUUUUAUACCUCCAUAACAAGAGCACGUUUUGAGGAGCUGAAUGGAGACUUAUUCCGUGGCACAAUGGAACCGGUUGCAAAGGCAAUUCGAGAUGCGAAGAUGGACAAAGGUCAGAUUCAUGAUAUUGUUCUUGUUGGCGGUUCGACGAGAAUUCCAAAGGUACAGAAGCUUCUGCAAGAUUUCUUCAAUGGCAAAGAACUCAAUAAGUCAAUUAAUCCGGAUGAAGCAGUUGCCUAUGGUGCUGCCGUUCAAGCUGCCAUCUUGCAUGGAGACAAGUCAGAAGCAGUACAAGAUCUUUUGCUAUUAGACGUAGCUCCUCUUUCUCUAGGUAUUGAAACUGCUGGUGGAGUAAUGACUGUUCUCAUCAAAAGGAAUACCACCAUUCCUACCAAACAAACUCAAGUUUUCACAACUUACUCCGAUAACCAACCAGGUGUUUUGAUUCAAGUAUUUGAGGGUGAACGUGCCAUGACUCGGGAUAACAAUAUACUUGGCAAAUUUGAAUUAACUGGCAUACCACCAGCACCUCGUGGUGUGCCUCAAAUUGAGGUCACAUUUGACAUUGAUGCCAAUGGUAUUCUCAAUGUGACAGCAAUUGAAAAAUCUACAGGUCGGGAAAAUAAGAUCACCAUUACGAAUGAUAAGGGCCGCCUUAGCAAAGAAGAUAUUGAAAGAAUGGUAAACGAAGCCGAAACCUAUCGAAACGAAGACGAAAAACAACGCGAACGAAUCAAUUCGAAAAAUGCUUUGGAAUCAUACUGUUUCCAAAUGAAGGCAACAAUCGAUGACGAAAAUGUUAAGUCAAAAAUUUCCGAUUCAGAUCGUCAACAUAUUAUGCAAAAGUGUAACGAUACAAUUGCAUGGUUAGACGGAAAUCAACAAGCUGAAAAGGAAGAAUUUGAGUAUAAACAAAAGGAACUGGAACAAAUAUGCAAUCCUAUUAUUUCUCGGAUGUAUCAACAAGGUGGUGGUCCCCCACCUCAACAAUCUCGGCCUUCUGGGGGCUCGACAGGGCCAACAAUUGAAGAGGUUGAUUAAGCUCUGUAAAUCAUAAGAGAGGUGUGUUCCCACAGUACACAUAUAUAAGGCAAUAUAUUGCGCAGGCGAGUGAUGUCAACUUUGACAUUCCUCUCUUGGAGUUGUUUUUUGUUAGGACUUUGACAACCUGCGCAAACUUGAAGAAAAAUACACUGAGAAAAAAUAACGUUUGGAAUUUUUUUAAUUUUUAAUCAGAAUAUAGUUAAAUAUACCAGAUAUUAGUUAAAUAUACCUGAAAUAAAGUUAAAUUUACCAGAAAUAAAAUAAUCCCUGCAUUAUUUUCUUUUCUUUCCGUGUAUAAUACAGAAUAUUACCUUAAAUAUGUGUACUGUGGUAUGUGUUCCAGCGGUCCUUACAAAGUUCUUGUGAGUACUUUUAUCUGUAUCUGCAUUCAAUGCCUUCUUUUAAAAAACGUCGUUGAAUGUACUGAAGUCCUUUGCAAGACCGAAUAGUAUGCCAUUAUAAGGAUUAUGCAAUAAAUAAACAUAACACAGUCAAAGAAUACUCGUUUUAAUUUUAUUGGCCAUUUUCAGCUAAUAACAAUAUAAUUUAUUAGUUUUGUUUUGUAUCUCCUGUUUAAUUUCCUCACAAUAAAUCAAUUUAUAAUUUAUCUAAAACACAAAA